AUGAUUUUAAUUCUUUUAUUAUUCCAGUUAGCAAACUCAGAAUGGGCAGGCUAUUUUCACCUAAAUGCAAGUCAAACUAAAUACAACGUCACACUAGUGAGCCAUCCAGUAUCUCCUAUACAGAGAUUUUUUAAGCAUUCAAGCGAAGUCUGCUACAUGACUUACAAUCAAACCUGCAACCAAAAGGAUUCUUUUUUCAUUUUUGACAUAGACUUCCCUAUAGACACCGCAAAAAAUAUUUCAAUUACCCAAAAUGCUACAGCUGUUAUUUUGAUUUUAAACGGGACUACUCUGUGACAGUCAAAUAUCCCUGCUUUUGCUAUGUCACCUGGUGACGGUUCUUCCUUCCUGAAAGAGCUUUCCUCAACUAACUCUACACAAUCUUAACUUAAAUGGAUAACGCUUAGCUUCAUUAUUGGGCUGCUGACACCAAAUCUCCCACUUCCAUCAUUUUUGUAUAUGUCAGCAUACAUAACUCAGAGCUAACUUACUUUUUAUUCACCAAGACAGCAUCUAAUAAUACAGAGCGACUUCUGUUUUCCUGACGCAGUACGAUUACUAAAAGAUGUAAAAGCCAUGCCUCAUAAUCAUAAAGUGCAAAAUAGUGGUGCCAAUCAGCAGAUCGGUGCCUUACGAAUGUUGCUGUAUUAUGAUUAUAACUCUACACUAUCAACAAUUGAUUAUUUUUAUAUAUGUAAAUUCAUAUUCAGAUCAUUGUGAAGAAUACUGGCCCUUAAUUUCCACCUCAAUCCUUUUCGUAGUAAUUUGGCUUGGUAUCAUAUCUAUGUGGUGCUACAACAACCACUAUGCGAAUGCAGACCAUGCUCAGCUGUUUCACAAAUCAUCCUCAGUUGUGAUUUUAUUUAAAGUCCUCACCACAGUAGCCUGAUUUUUUGAAACUAGAAAUUGUCCUCCAACUCUGCUCGGAAAUGAAGUGAUUGGGCUGCUGAAAAAGCAAACAAGAAGCUUAUAUGAGACCUCCUUUUUCUUUUUGCUUAUCUUGCUAAGCAAAGGAUGGAGCGUGUCGCGAAAUUCGAUAUCAAGGAAAGAAAUGAACUACCAAUUAAUGUAUUUGGUGCUAAUCUAUAUCAUGGAUAGUGCUGCCAAUAUAAUUGGGCCAGUUAUGAACACUAUAGCAUUAAUGAUGUAUUUAUCGCUUUUCAUUCAUAUUUCAUUAUACUGCUGCUCCACUAUAAAAUCCUUAUUUAUUCAGGCAGAAGUCAUUAAUGAAGCAAGGGUUCUCCACUUACUACCAAUUGUAGCUAAAAAGAAAAGGAUAUUUUACUCAUUUACAGUCCUCUGCUUCUUUUACUUUUUUGGAGAGUUUUCAAUCCAUAUUUUGCUGUCAGAUUCAAUUUUAGAUAUAGACAUCACCUGGCAGAUGAAAUACGCGAUGUGGAACCUUGCACAUGAAUUUAUGGAGGUUUUUAUAAUUGGAGGGAUUUUAUAUUUAUAUAGAGCAAGAAAUAUGGGAAGAUUUUUCUCGUUAGAUUUAUUGGACUCUGAAGAAGUCCAGCAGUUGAGAAUCAUUCCAUUUUAUGAAGCAAAUACUGAAAAAUCCAGCGAGGAAACUGGGCUUAUCAUAUUUUUGCAGCCAGAGUCUACACUUUUGGUAGGAAAAGAAAUAAAAAUGAGUAAGGCUAUAAUUGAAACUGAGUCAAUAGAACUGCAAGAAAUAUAA